UCUCUGGACCAGUGUGUGAGGUGUCCAGAUCAUCAGUAUGCCAACAUAGAGAGAGACCGCUGCCUCCUAAAAGCUGUGAGCUUUCUGGCUUAUGAAGACUCUUUUGGAAUGACACUGGCCUGCAUUUCUCUGAGCUUCUCUGUGCUCACACCUUGUGUUCUUGUGGUUUUUAUAAAGUACCGAGAUACUCCUAUUGUCAAGGCAAAUAAUUGAACUCUCAGCUACAUCUUGCUCAUCUCCCUCACCUGCUGUUUUCUCUGCUCCUUGCUUUUCAUUGGAUAUCCCAGCACAGCCACCUGCAUUCUCCAGCAGACCAUAUUUGGAAUUAUGUUCACUGUGGCUGUUUCCACUGUCUUGGCCAAAACUAUUACUGUGGUUCUGGCCUUCAUCGUCACUUCUUCAGGGAGAAAGGUAAAGCAGUUGCUAUUGUCACGCAUACCUAACUUCAUCAUCCCAGUCUGCACUCUGAUCCAAAUGACUAUCUGUGGAAUCUGGCUUGGAAUAUAUCCUCCCUUUAUUGACACAGAUGCACACUCUGAACAUGGCCACAUCAUCAUCCUGUGCAACAAGGGCUCAGUCACUGCCUUCUACUGUGUCCUGGGAUACCUGGGCUCCCUGGCCCUGGCAAGCUUCACUAUGGCUUUCCUGGCCAGAAACCUACCUGAUGCAUUCAAUGAAGCCAAGUUCCUGACAUUAAGCAUGUUGUUCUGCAGCGUAUAGGUCACCUUCCUGCCUGUCUACCACAGCACCAAGGGGAAAAUCAUGGUGGCCGUGGAGAUCUUCUCUAUCUUGGCCUCCAGUGCAGGGCUCCUGGGCUCCAUCUUUGUGCCUAAGUGCUACAUCGUCUUGUUGAAGCCAGACAGAAAUUCUCUGCAUGACGUCAGAGAUAAAACU